AUGAAAACUCAGUGGACGACAUUUACGCACGUGUUUGUUACUUCUUGGAUGUUAGUUGCGGUGAAUCCUGGGUAUUUGAGUGUAAACGCGUCAUAUCGGUACCUUUGCGACUCGCCCAUAUAUUGUCCAGGACCGUUUCUCGAAAAGAUUCAAUUGAAUCGUGUAUUCAAUGACUCAAAAACUUUUGUGGAUAUGCCAACGUUGAAGCCAUUAGAAGAAGUUAUUGCUGCCUUCUCACGAAUUCCUCAAAAUGCAUCAAGAGACACUCUCCUCGAUUUCAUAUCUACAUAUUUCGGUUCCGAAGGUCAAGAACUUGUUCCUGCUACUCUCGACCAUUUCCCUUACCACCCAUCGUUCCUUCAAAAAAUCAGAUCUCCUAUACUUUACGAAUUCGCCAUACGAGUUCACAAUUAUUGGCCAAACUUAGCACGUAAGGUUGAUCAAAGUUUUAUGUGCGCAGGAUGUGUGUCGAGCUUCAUACCGAUGAAUAGAAGUUUUGUGAUUCCCGGUGGUAGAUUUCGUGAAAUUUAUUAUUGGGAUAGUUACUUUGUUAUUGAAGGACUGUUGGUUAGUGAGUUGUAUGGGGUAGCAAAGGAUAUGAUUUUAAAUUUUUUGGAUUUUGUUGAGACAUACGGGUUUGUUCCCAAUGGUUCAAGAAUCUACUAUCUCAAUCGGUCGCAACCACCGUUAUUAGUCCAAAUGGUCAAAAUCUAUUAUCAAGCUACCAAUGAUACUUCCCUACUUUUUCAUGCAUUCCCAACGUUAAUCAAAGAAUAUAAUUUUUGGCGUCAAAACACAUCGAUCCAUGUCACAUCACCAAAAUCCCAGAAACGAUAUACUCUAAAUCGCUACAUAGUUCAUAACAUUUCGCCACGUCCCGAAAGCUACUUUGAGGAUUACGAGACAGUAGAACUUGCCACGAA